UGACUGUGCUCCGGCUUUAACGCGUCAAGGGAGGUUCCCUUGCGUGAGGAUGUCGUUAGUGAACUUCUCAGGGCAGAACGUGGUGGAGUUCACCAUCACAGGCUUUGACCACCUACCCUACCACAAGCUGAUGGGCACUGUGAUCCUGCUGGCCUACUGCCUGGCCCUCCUCGGCUCCACCACCAACAUCUGCGUCAUCUCCACAGACAGGCGUCUGCACCGCCCCAUGUACCUGCUGAUCUGUAACCUGGCUCUGGUGGAAAUCAUGUUCACCACCGGCGCCAGUACCACCAUGGUCUCUGUUCUGCUGGCCGGGGACAAAACCAUCUCCUACAACUCUUGCCUGUCCCGCGUCUUCAUCCACCACCUAGGAGACGUCACACAGUGUCUGGCCCUCUCUCUGAUGGCACUGGACCGCACUGUGGCCAUCAGCGAGCCCUUACGCUAUGCCACCAUCCUGACCAACCAGCGAGUGUUCCUAUUGAUUGUGGUGUCCUGGCUUUUGGGGAUCGGUUGCAUUGGCAAAUUGGCGUACAUUGCAGAUCAGCUGCCGUACUGUCAGCCUGUGAUCCAAUACGUUUUCUGUGACUAUGCAGCGAUCAUCAGGGCAGCCUGUGUGGAUCCAGAACUGUAUUGGUUCGUGUCCGAUAUAAUUAGUCUGUGGCUAAUCGCUGGGCAGUUGCCAUUGAUCUUACUUUCCUAUGGGAAACUUGUCUUUACUGUGCUGAGGCUCCCAAGCACGGAGAAAGGAGGGCGCACGUUCCGCACUGUCAUCAGCCAUUUAAUCCCUGUUUUUUCUUUCUAUGCUCCGAAGCUGGUGUCAGUAAUGUUAACCAAAGUGGGAGUUAGGCUGUACUUAACAGAGAGAAACGCUAUGCAGAUCAUCUCUACGCUAGUGCCACCUCUCAUUAACCCCUCCGUCUACUGUCUGCAGAACAAAGAGAUCAGAGGCGCUGUCUUCCGGGUACUUAGGAGAAAUCCAAACGUGGCAGAGUUCACCAUCACAGGCUUCGACCAUCUACCCUACCCCCACAAGCUGAUGGGCACUGUGAUCCUGCUGGCCUACUGCCUGGCCCUCUUCUGCUCCACAACCAACAUCUGCGUCAUCUCCACAGACAGGAGUCUGCACCGCCCCAUGUACCUGCUGAUCUGUAACCUGGCUCUGGUGGACAUCAUGUUCACCACCGGCGCCAGUACCACCAUGAUCUCUGUUCUGCUGGCCGGGGACAAAACCGUCUCCUACAACUCCUGCCUGUCCCGCGUCUUCAUCUACCACCUAGGAGACAUCACACAGUGUCUGGCCCUCUCUCUGAUGGCACUGGACCGCGCUGUGGCCAUCAGCGAGCCCUUACGCUAUGCCACCAUCCUGACCAACCAGCGAGUGUUCCUAUUGAUUGUGGCUUUAACACGUCAAGCGAGGUUCCCUUGCGUGAGGAUGUCGUUAGUGAACUUCUCAGGGCAGAACGUGGUGGAGUUCACCAUCACAGGCUUCGACCACCUACCCUACCACAAGCUGAUGGGCACUGUGAUCCUGCUGGCCUACUGCCUGGCCCUCCUCGGCUCCACCACCAACAUCUGCGUCAUCUCCACAGACAGGCGUCUGCACCGCCCCAUGUACCUGCUGAUCUGUAACCUGGCUCUGGUGGACAUCAUGUUCUCCACCAGCGCCAGUACCACCAUGAUCUCUGUUCUGCUGGCCGGGGACAAAACCGUCUCCUACAACUCUUGCCUGUCCCGCGUCUUCAUCUACCACCUAGGAGAUAUCACACAGUGUCUGGCCCUCUCUCUGAUGGCGCUGGACCGCACUGUGGCCAUCAGUAAGCCUUUACGCUAUGCCACCAUCCUGACCAACCAGCGAGUGUUCCUAUUGGUUGUGGUGUCCUGGCUUUUGGGUAUUGCCUGCAUUGGCAAAUUGGCUUACAUUGCAGAUCAGCUGCCUCACUGUCAGCCUGUGAUCAAAUACAUUUUCUGUGACUAUGCAGCGUUCAUCAGGGCAGCCUGUGUGGAUCCAGCACCGUAUUGGUUCGUGCCCAGUAUAAUUGCUCUGUGGCUAAUCGCUGGGCAGUUGCCAUUGAUCUUACUUUCCUAUGGGAAACUUGUCUUUACUGUGCUGAGGCUCCCAAGCACGGAGAAAGGAGGGCGCACGUUCCGCACUGUCAUCAGCCAUUUCAUCCCUGUUGUUUGUUACUAUGCUCCGAAGCUGGUAUCAGUACUGUUAACCAGAGUGGGAGUUAGGCUGAACUUAACAGAGAGAAACGCUUUGCUGAUCAUCUCUACGCUAGUGCCAUCCCUCAUUAACCCCUCCGUCUACUGUCUGCAGAACAAAGAGAUCAGGGGCGCUGUCUUACGGGUACUUAGGAGAAAUCCAGUCUUACCAUUCAAGGGCUAA